AUGGCUCCGCGCGCUGCUAUCGCGGGCUUCAUCGAGAGCCUGAGAGGAAGAGUCCGCGGAAGGCGGCGAAGGAACGCCAAAAAGAAGUCCAAUGUCUCCGUCCCUGAUCAUUCGGCCGCACCCCCGAGAGGCAUCCUACGGCAUGCGGUGGGCUGUCACCCGCAUCGUCAACCAUCAUCGUCCCUAUUACGUUCACCUGGCAAUGGUCAUAAUGAAGAGGCAGCAGCUCGCCGAUCACCUCUAGAGCUUGUGCCGAUCGACAUCCUCCUUUGCAUCCUCGACUUCUGCUCUCCUACCGACCGUCUCUGCCUCGGCCUCACCUGCCACUCCCUCUACAGUCGCCUCUUCGACCGCUCUCUCGCCCGCCGCUCCGCCGUCAACCUGGCCCUUUUGACCCGCCUUGAGCACGACCUCCCGCAGCUUUACUUCUGUCAUCCCUGCGAUCGCCUGCAUCAUUGGCAGCGCCGCGAGCCCACGACGGCAGCCCUCGCCCGUCGCCCUCGCCGCCGCAGCCGCACCCGCAGCGGCGAAUCCCAGGAGCUGGACUACGCCGGACAAGGAUGCACUGUCAAGAUGCUUUACAGUCCGCGCUUCAACCCAGUCUACUCCCUGCCCUUCUACCUCGCCCACCUCGCCGUCAAGUACCGCCAGCUCAGCCCUGAGCUGGGCCACCCGCUGCGGCGGCUCCGCUUCGGCGCUGCUCUGUCCUUGGAGGGGGAUAUGGGGAACCGCUCUGGCCGCCGCAUGCUCGACAUCACGGGCACGGCUCGAGUCAUUGACGACGAGCUCUACAUGGCCGUCUCGUACGUCUUUUACUGCGACUACCCCCGCACGGAGGACCUACGGGCGUUUCUCGACGAGACACCUCUGUUCGUGUGCUGCUCACUGCGCACCGACGCCCACGUUGAUGCUCAAGGGUUGGAUGCGCCGGUUCGCGGCCGUCGCAUCCCAGAGCUGGCGCCGCCCAAAGGGGAAGGGAGGUACUUCGAGGCUUGCGUGGAUGCCAGCGGGUCGUGCGAGAGCUGCUUGACGGACUACGAAGUGUCUGUUGCCUGCUUCCCAGAUCAAGAGGGAUGGGUUGUCGGCCUCAUGACGUACCAGCUGUUUGGACGCUGCCGGUCGCCCAGUGACGAGAAGUGGAGACUGAUGACAGGAGACAGCGUCCCUGGGUCGCGUAGGAUCAAGUACAACCGGGCUGGUUCGGUCAGGGAUCGAUUCAGGGAGACCGAGCAUGUCGAGGAUAUGCCACUGAGAUGA